CGUAUCAAGCUCCUAGCGUUAAAACUCCGAUUCUCAGUGAAAUAAUAUAGUUAUUCAGUUAAUUUGAAUCAAACAAAGUUUAUCCACUCUCAACGACCCAAUGAAUGGAAAUUUGCGUAAACGUGAAAUUUGAAACACCGGGCAAAAACUUCUCAAACUGUAACCAGCAAAUCCUACGUGGCGUUUCCGUGAAGAUAAAGGGGUUUUUCUGUAAUUUUGUUAAUUGUAUUAAAAAAGUAAAUUUUUUAAUUGAGUAAACCAGCCUUAUCCAUUUUGGAAGCCAAGCUUUAUAAAAGCGGAUGGAAUUGAUCGGAAGGCAAAGAAGAAACUCAAAACCAAAGAGAGAGAGAGAGAGAGAGAGGAAGAAGAGAGAAUAUUAAAAAAAAAAAAAAGAAUAAUUCGAGAAUUAAAAGAAAAGGAAAUUUGAUUUUUUUUUUUUUUAUGGCGAGCAGCAAAAGCUACUCGAGACCGAACUACCGAUUUCUGUCGAGCGAUCAACAACUGCAAGCAACGCUGAGUCAUGACUCGACGGCAUUCGAGUUAGACGAGUCGGACAUUUACAACAAUUCAGUCUCGACUCGCUCUGACUCACCCGAGUUUCGUACCGGUCGAGUGGUGAAAAAGCCGUUGGCAAAGCGCGGCGGCGGCGGCGGAGGGGAUUCUGGAGUGGGAAGGACACCAGCGUCGUUGCCGGUCAACAUACCGGACUGGUCGAAAAUUUUGAGAGAAGAGUACAGGGAUAAUCGGAGGAGAUCGGAGAGUGACGAUGAAGACGUGGAAGGAGAUGAGUGGUUGGAAGGAGGAGUUAGGAUUCCACCUCACGAGUUUUUGGCGAAGCAAAUGGCGAGGACAAAGAUCGCAUCGUUCUCAGUUCAUGAAGGGAUAGGAAGGACUUUGAAAGGAAGAGAUCUGAGGACGGUCAGAAAUGCAAUUUUUGAAAAAACUGGGUUCCAAGAUUAAUACAAAAUAAAAGAGUUGAGAAAUUUUGUGACCAUCAUAUUUAAUUUCAUUACAAAAUUUUAGAUAAUUUUUUUCCUUUUUGCCACGGUGAUAUGAAGUUCUUAUGAGAUUUUGCAGAGAAACUUUCGAAAUUCAUAAUUUAAAGCAGUGUUCAUUUUUUAAGUUUCGGAAAAUGUGUGGUUUGAGCACUGAGGGUAUUAUGGUAAUAAAGUAGGAAAGUGGGCCGUCGGAUUUAAAUAAUUGGUAGGGUUGUUAAGCAAAACUAGAGGCCAUAAGCGGCAACAUCACGUCCCUUUCCCUUAACUUGUAUUAAGAUUUUACGUUAUCGAUGUAAUAAAAAAACAUAUAAUCGGCGACAUCACGGCCCCGUGAAAAUUAUUCAUCCUAAUUAACAAGAUGUCAAAUCUACCGUUCAAAUAAUUCAACUUAAUUGAUUAUUUUUCUUCUAUUUUUUUCAUGUUUAUUAUACCUUAAUAAAAUUUGUUCAAUUUAAAUUGUU